AUGCGUAGAACAAAAAACCAGCAGAUUCCAGAUCCAAUUGCACCACAUUCUGAACGUUUAGUAUUAUACAUGAAUACACAUCCAAACACACUGUUAGGAUAUGCAAAAUAUUAUGGUGGAUAUAGCAAUGCAAUUAGUGCCCGUAUGACAGAUAUUAACUCUAUUGGUUGGUAG